UGAACAGACGCCGGCGUAUGAGAAGUCUCGCCGCCCUUCCCACUCGUCCCGCCUUCUCUUGCAAGCAUCUGAGCGAAGAUUCAAAAUAAGAGGAAAAGAGAAAAUAAGAGUUUUUCUCCCCCAAGGAAACAAGUCCCAGGAAGCUUGAUCAGGAUGUCUGGGCGUCCACUGAUUUCCCUUAGUGGUGUGGACACAUGUCUGACUUCUCUGAAAACCUGCAAGACCUACAUAAACACUGGCAUGGAUGUAACCACAAAUGUGGCCCUUGACCUUGUGGAAAAUCACAAUGACCUGGAAGAAAUUAACACAAUGGAAGAAGUGAUGUUGGAAUAUGCUGUAAUGAACAGAGAACUGAGUCAUUAUGUGCAAGCUGUUGAAGAUACAGUAAAUCAGAUAAAGCAAGAGAAGCCAGAAAUUGUCCCAGAUAUAAGAUGUCUAGUCAUGGAGAGAUUCAGAAACCUGGAAAGCAAGAACUGUGAUGCUGAUUUACAAAGAAACGAGAAAGUUGUCGUAUUUAAGGAGCAGCUAAAGCAGAUGAAGGCUCAGUUUGGGAUCCAGCCAGAAGCAGAAGGAGGACCAGCCCUUGAACAAGUCGAUGAGGAUCUUGCAGUGACGCAAAGUCAGAGGAAAUUUAUUUGCCCUAUCACACAGGAAGAAAUGAAGAAACCAGUUAGGAAUAAAAUCUGCGGCCACACCUAUGAGGAAGAAGCCAUCUUGGAACACAUCCGGCGCAGACAACAACGUAAGAAGAAAGUCAACUGCCCCCAAGUUGGCUGCAACAACAGGGAAGUCAAGAAAGCAGACCUGGUGUUUGAUGAAGUCCUUAAAAGAACGAUUGACAUUUGGAAUAAACAGAACCAGCCAACACAGUAGAGAGAACCCCUUGCUCCAGCAGUUGAUACAACAAAGAGUUCGGGUUUCUAAUUUUCAGCUGGUUGUGUAAGAGAUUGUUGCUACAAGUGUUUCAAUAGCAGGCAAAGUUGAAGGUCUGACCUGUUGCUAAAAGCAUUUUCUUGGAAGCUGCCAAGUGUAAAAUGCCUUGCUUUGUUUACCUUUAUGUGUAUAUAUAUAUAU